CUUGGUGGUGCCGUGGUGGAGGCGGGGCUUGGUGGUGCCGUGGUGGAGGCAGGGAGAGGAGCAGGAGUCGGAGGAUCGCUUGCAGUGAGCGUAACGCCUACAUCCAAGACAGCGUCCAUGCAGUAGGACUAACGAUUCAAACCAAUAUCAGGUUGGUGAGGCUGAUAUACCACACGCCAAAAUGGUGGCCCUGUCACUCAAGAUCUGCGUGCGCCAGUGCAACGUGGUGAAAACCAUGCAGUUCGAGCCGUCCACGCCCGUGUAUGACGCCUGCAGGAUCAUCAGAGAGAGGGUUCCGGAAGCGCAGAGCGGACAAGCCUCUGACUACGGCCUCUUCCUGUCCGACGAAGACCCGAGGAAAGGAAUCUGGUUGGAGUCGGGCCGGACCUUGGACUACUACAUGCUCCGAAACGGGGAUGUUCUGGAGUACAAGAAGAAGCAGAGGCCCCAGAAGAUCAAGAUGCUGGACGGCGCGGUGAAGACCAUCAUGGUGGACGACUCGAAGACGGUGGGGGAGCUGCUUGUCACCAUAUGCAGCCGGAUCGGAAUCACUAACUACGAGGAGUACUCGGUCAUCCAGGAGCUGACGGAGGAGAAGAAGGAGGAGGGCACGGGCACACUGAAGAAGGACCGCACUCUGCUCCGCGACGAGAGGAAGAUGGAGAAGCUGAAGGCCAAGCUCCACACGGACGACGACCUGAACUGGUUGGACCACAGCAGGACCUUCAGAGAGCAAGGUGUGGAGGAGAGCGAGACACUUCUGCUCAGGAGGAAGUUCUUCUACUCAGACCAGAACGUGGACUCCCGGGAUCCUGUCCAGCUCAACCUGCUCUACGUACAGGCCAGGGAUGACAUACUCAACGGCUCCCACCCCGUGUCCUUUGAUAAGGCCUGCGAGUUUGCCGGCAUCCAGGCUUACAUCCAGUUCGGGCCCCAUGUGGAACACAAACAUAAGCCAGGAUUCCUGGACCUGAAGGAGUUCCUACCCAAAGAGUACAUUAAGCAGAGGGGAUCAGAGAAGAAAAUAUUCCAAGAUCAUAAGAACUGUGGGGAAAUGACGGAGAUCGAGGCCAAGGUCAAGUACGUCAAGCUGGCCCGGUCCCUGCCAACCUACGGAGUGUCCUUCUUCCUGGUCAAGGAGAAGAUGAAGAGCAAGAACAAGCUGGUUCCCCGGCUGCUUGGCAUCACCAAGGAGUCGGUGAUGCGGGUGGAGGAGAAGACCAAGGACGUGGUGCAGGAGUGGCCCCUCACCACCGUCAAGAGAUGGGCCGCCUCGCCCAAGAGCUUCACCCUGGAUUUUGGGGAGUACCAGGAGAGUUACUACUCGGUUCAGACCACAGAGGGAGAGCAGAUAUCUCAGCUAAUCGCCGGAUACAUCGACAUCAUCCUCAAAAAGAAGCAGAGCAAGGAUCGCUUUGGCCUUGAGGGGGAUGAGGAGUCCACCAUGCUGGAGGAGUCGGUCUCUCCAAAGAAGUCCACCAUCCUGCAGCAGCAGUUCAACCGCGUGGGCCACGUGGAGCACGGCUCGGUGGCGCUGCCCGGCAUCAUCCGGUCCGGCUCGGUCGGCGGGCCGGAGAACUUCAACCUGGGCUCCAUGCCCUCGGGCCAGCAGCAGAUCACCACGGGCCAGAUGCACCGGGGCCACAUGCCCCCUCUGAGCUUGGCCCAGCAGGCCUUGAUGGGGACCAUCAACAGCAGCAUGCACGCGGUGCAGCAGGCUCAGUCUGACCUGGGCCACGUGGGAGACCUGCCCCCACUCGGUCACGACCUGGCGUCCAGGGUUUGGGUGCAGAACAAAGUGGAUGAAUCCAAACAUGAAAUCCACUCUCAAGUCGAUGCCAUCACCGCCGGCACAGCGUCCGUCGUCAAUCUCACCGCAGGAGAGCCGGCCGAGACGGACUUCUCCGCGGUGGGCUGCGCCAUCACCACCAUCUCCUCCAACCUGACGGAAAUGUCCAAGGGCGUCAGGCUGCUGGCGGCGCUGAUGGACGACGAGGUGGGCAGCGGGCACAAGUUGAUGGGCGCUGCCAGGACUCUGGCGGGGGCCGUGUCAGAUCUGCUCAGGUCUGUGGAGCCCGCCGCCGCAGAGCCCAGACAGACGGUGCUGAGCGCAGCCGGAAGCAUCGGCCAGGCCAGCGGGGACCUGCUCCGCCACAUGGGGGAGGGCGAGACCGACGAGAGGUUCCAGGACAUCCUGAUGAACCUGGCCAAGGCCGUGGCCAACGCGGCCGCCAUGUUGGUGCUGAAGGCCAAGAACGUGGCGCAGGUGGCGGAGGACACGGUGCUGCAGAACCGCGUGAUCGCGGCCGCCACGCGCUGCGCCCUGUCCACCUCCCAGCUGGUGGCCUGCACCAAGGUCGUGAGCCCCACCAUCAGCUCCCCCGUGUGCCAGGAGCAGCUGGUAGAGGCGGGCAAGCUGGUGGAGCGCUCAGUGGAGACGUGCGUGCGGGCGUGCCGCACGGCCUCGGAGGACGGCGGCGGCGGCGGCGGCGGCGGGGAGCUGCUGGCCCAGGUGGGCGGGGCGGCGGGCACGGUCAGCCAGGCACUGGGCGACCUGCUGCAGCACGUCCGGCGCUACGCCAGCCGCGGCGAGCCCAUCGGCCGCUACGACCAGGCCACCGACACCAUCAUGAACGUGACGGAGAACAUCUUCACCUCCAUGGGCGACGCCGGGGAGAUGGUGCGUCAGGCCCGGGUGCUGGCCCAGGCGACCUCUGACCUGGUGAACGCCAUGCGGUCGGACGCGGAGGCGGAGGUGGACGUCGACAACUCAAAGAAGCUGCUGGCCGCCGCCAAGCUGCUGGCGGACGCCACAGCGCGCAUGGUGGAGGCGGCAAAGGGGGCGGCGGCCUACCCGGACAACGAGGACCAGCAGCAGCGUCUGCGGGAGGCGGCGGAGGGGCUGCGCGUGGCCACCAACGCCGCCGCGCAGAACGCCAUCAAGAAGAAGCUCAUCAACAGACUGGAGAUAGCGUCCAAGCAGGCGGCCGCAGCCGCGACCCAGACCAUCGCAGCUGCUCAGAACGCCGCGGCGUCCAACAAAAACACUGCGUCCCACCAGCAGCUAGUGCACAGCUGCAAGUUGGUCGCAGACUGCAUCCCUCAGCUGGUCCAGGGGAUGAGGAGUAGCCAGGCCCAGCCGGACGAGCUCAGCGCCCAGCUUGCCCUCAUUAUGGCCAGCCAGAGCUUCCUGCAGCCCUGCAGCAAGAUGGUGACAUCUGCCAAGGCGGCGGUUCCCACGGUGACGGACCAGGCCGCCGCAAUGCAACUGGGCCAGUGUUCCAAGAACCUGGCCACCUGCCUGGCUGAACUCAGGACCGCCACCCAGAAGGCCCAUGAAGCGUGCGGGCCCCUGGAGAUCGACUCGGCCCUGAAGACGGUCCACACCCUCCGGAGCGAGCUGCAGGACGCCAAGAUGUCGGUCAUCGACGGGCAGCUGAGGCCCCUCCCCGGGGAGUCGCUGGGGAAGUGUGCUCAGGACCUGGGCAGCACCUCCAAGGCGGUGGGCUCCUCUAUGGCCCAGCUGCUCACCUGCGCCGCGCAGGGCAACGAACACUACACAGGGGUAGCGGCCAGGGAGACGGCCCAGGCGCUGCGGACGCUGGCCCAGGCGGCCCGCGGCGUGGCGGCCAGCACCAUGGAGCCCCAGGCCUCGGCCGCCAUGCUGGACUCGGCCCAGUGUGUGAUGGAGGGCUCGGCCAUGCUGAUCCACGAGGCCCACCAGGCCCUGCUGCACCCGGGGGACGCCGAGAGCCAGCAGAGACUGGCGCAGGUGGCCAAGGCCGUGUCCCACUCCCUGAAUAACUGUGUGAACUGCCUGCCGGGCCAGAAGGACGUGGACAUGGCCCUGCGGAGCAUCGGGGAGGCCAGCAAGAAGCUGCUGGUGGACACGCUGCCCUCCUGCGGGAAGUCGUACCAGGAGGCCCAGACGGAGCUGAACCACACGGCGGCCGAGCUGAACCACUCGGCGGGGGAGGUGGUGCACUCCUCGCGGGGCACCAGCAGCCAGCUGGCCAUGGCCUCGGGGAAGUUCAGCCAGGACUUUGACGAGUUCCUGGACGCCGGCAUCGAGAUGGCGGGCCACACUCAGAGUUGCGACGAUCAGAUCCAAGUCAUCGGUAAUCUGAAGAACAUCUCCAUGGCGUCCAGUAAGCUGCUCCUGGCCGCCAAGUCUCUGUCCGUGGACCCCGGCGCCGCCAACGCCAAGAACCUCCUCGCCGUUGCCGCCAGGGCAGUGACAGAGAGCAUCAACCAGCUGAUUACACUGUGCACACAGCAGGCCACUGGACAGAAGGAGUGUGACAACGCCUUGAGGGAGUUGGAGGCCGUGCGAGGGCUACUCGACAACCCUAACGAGCCGGUGAACGAGCUCUCCUACUUCGACUGCAUCGAGAGCGUCAUGGAGAACUCCAAGGUCCUUGGGGAGUCCAUGGCCGGCAUCUCUCAGCACUGCAAGACGGGCGACGUGGCCGCCUUCGGGGAGAGCGUGGGCGUCGCCUCCAAGGCCCUGUGCGGGCUGACGGAGGCCGCCGGACAGGCCUCGUAUCUGGUGGGCGUCUCGGACACCAACAGCCUCUCCGGCCAGGUGGGCCUGGUGGAUCCCAUUCAGUUUGCGCGGGCCAACCAGGCCAUACAGAUGGCCUGUCAGAACCUGGUGGACCCAGCCAGCAGUCCCUCGCAGGUCCUGUCUUCAGCGACCAUCGUGGCCAAGCACACCUCUGCGCUCUGCAACGCCUGCCGCCUGGCCUCGUCCAAGACCUCCAACCCGGUGGCGCGGAGGCAGUUCGUCCAGUCGGCCAAGGAGGUGGCCAACACCACGGCCAACCUGGUCAAGACCAUCAAGGCCCUAGACGGUGACUUCUCAGAGGAGAACCGGAACAAGUGCCACGUGGCCACCAGCCCCCUCAUCCAGGCCGUGGAGAACCUCUCCACCUUCGCCAACAACCCAGAGUUCGCUAGCAUUCCUGCUCAGAUCAGCCAUGAGGGGUCCGCGGCUCAGGAGCCCAUCGUGCGCUCGGCCCGGUGCAUGCUCGACAGCUCCACCUACCUGCUGGAGACCGCGCGCUCAUUGGUCCUCAACCCCAAGGACCCGCCCACCUGGUCGGUGCUGGCGGGCCACUCCCGGACGGUGUCCGAUUCCAUCAAGAGUCUGAUCACCUCCAUCAGGGACAAAGCACCGGGUCAGAGGCAGUGCGACUACUCCAUCGACAACAUCAACAAGUGCAUCCGGGACAUCGAGCACGCCUCGCUGGCCGCCGUGGACCUGACCCUGCCCUGCCGCGACGACAUCUCCAUGGAGGCCCUCCAGGACCAGCUGACCUCCUCGGUGCAGGAGAUCGGCUACCUCAUCGACCCCGUGUCCACCUCGGCCCGCGGGGAGGCGGCCCAGCUGGGACACAAGGUGACCCGUCUGGCCAGCUACUUUGAGCCUCUGAUCGUGGCCUCUGUGGGCCUGGCCUCCAAGCUGCUGGACCAGCAGCAGCAGAUGACCAUCCUGGAUCAGAGCAAGACCCUGUCCGAGUCGGCCCUGCAGAUGCUCUACGCGGCCAAAGAAGGGGGCGGGAACCCCAAGGCGGCGCACACCCACGACGCCAUCUCGGAGGCGGCCCAGCUGAUGAAGGAGGCGGUGGAGGACCUCAUGGUGACGCUGAACGAGGCGGCCAGCGAGGGCGGGAUGGUGGGCGGCAUGGUGGAGGCCAUCACCGAGUCCAUGUACAGGUUGGACGAAGGAACCCCCCCAGACCCGCGCGGCUCCUUCGUGGACUACCAGACCACCAUGGUGAAGUUCUCCAAGGCCAUCGCCAUCACCGCCCAAGAGAUGAUGACCAAGUCGGUGGCGUGCACGGAGGAACUGGGUGGCCUGGCGUCCCAGGUGACCGGGGAGUACGGGCAGCUGGCGCAGCAAGGCCGCCUGGCAGCUGCCACCGCCGAGCCAGAGGAGGUGGGGUUCCAGAUAAAGACCCGGGUGCAGGAGCUGGGCCAUGGCUGCAUCCACCUGGUCCAGAAGGCAGGCGCUCUGCAGGUCAGCCCCACGGACAGCUUCUCCAAGAAGGAGCUCAUCGAUUGUGCCCGCGCCGUCACCGAGAAGGUGUCCCUGGUCCUGUCGGCGCUGCAGGCGGGGAACAGGGGCACGCAGGCCUGCAUCACGGCCGCCAGCGCCGUGUCCGGCAUCAUCGCCGACCUGGACACCACCAUCAUGUUCGCCUCGGCCGGCACGCUGAACCCCGAGGACGACGAGUGCUUCGCCGACCACAGGGAGAGCAUCCUGAAGACGGCCAAGGCCCUGGUGGAAGACACCAAGCUGCUGGUGGCGGGCGCGGCCUCCAGCCAGGACCGGCUGGCCCAGGCCGCCCAGUCCUCCGCCCAGACCAUCACCCAGCUCACCGAGGUGGUCAAACUGGGAGCCACCAGCAUGGGCUCUGACGACCCAGAGACACAGGUGGUUCUGAUCAACGCCGUGCGCGACGUGGCCAAGGCGCUCGCCGAGCUCAUCAGCGCCACCAAGUGUGCGGCGGGGAAGCCAGCCGACGACCCGUCCAUGUACCAGCUGAAGAGCGCCGCCAAGGUCAUGGUCACCAACGUGACGUCGCUGCUGAAGACGGUGAAGGCGGUGGAGGACGAAGCGACCCGCGGCACGCGCGCUCUGGAGGCCACCAUCGAGUGCAUCAAGCAGGAGCUGACGGUGUUCCAGUCCAAGGCGGUCCCGGACAAGUCCACCACACCCGAGGAGUUCAUCCGCAUGACCAAGGGCAUCACCAAGGCAACGGCCAAGGCCGUGGCGGCGGGGAACUCCACCCAGCAGGAGGACGUGAUCGCCACCGCCAACCUCAGCCGCAAAGUCGUCUCCGACAUGCUGGCCACCUGCAAGCAGGCGGCGUGCCACAGCGAGGUGAGCGAGGAGGUGAGGCACCAGGCCCUGCAGUACGGCUCAGAGUGCACCCUGGGGUACAUAGACCUGCUGGAGCAGGUGCUGCAGGUUCUCCAGCGGCCGACUGGAGAGCAGAAGCAGCAGCUGGUGGUGCACUCCAAGCGGGUGGCAGCGUGUGUGACGGAGCUCAUCCAGACAGCGGAGGCAAUGAAGGAUGGAGGCUCCGAGUGGGUGGACCCCGAGGACCCCACCGUCAUCGCCGAGACGGAGCUGCUUGGCGCCGCGGCGUCCAUCGAGGCGGCCGCCAAGAAGCUGGAGCAGCUCAAGCCACGGGCCAAGCCCAAGCAGGCGGACGAGAGCCUGGACUUCGAGGAGCAGAUCGUGGAGGCGGCCAAGUCCAUCGCCGCGGCGACCAGCGCCCUGGUCAAGUCUGCGUCGGCAGCUCAGAGGGAACUGGUGGCGCAGGGAAAGGUCGGCUCCAACCUGGCCAACGCAGUGGACGACGGCCAGUGGUCGCAGGGCCUCAUCUCUGCCGCCCGCAUGGUGGCGGCGGCCACCAGCAACCUGUGCGAGGCGGCCAACGCGUCGGUGCAGGGCCACGCCAGCGAGGAGAAGCUCAUCUCCUCGGCCAAGCAGGUGGCGGCGUCCACCGCCCAGCUGCUGGUGGCCUGCAAGGUGCGGGCCGACCAGGACUCAGAGGCCAUGAGGAGACUGCAGGGUGCAGGCAACGCUGUGAAGCGAGCGUCUGACAACCUGGUGAAGGCGGCCCAGAAGGCGGCCUUUGACAAGGCGGACGACGCCAACGUGGUGGUGAAGACCCGGUUUGUCGGUGGCAUCGCCCAGAUCAUCGCCGCCCAGGAGGAGAUGCUGAGGAAGGAGCGGGAGCUGGACGAGGCGCGCAAGAAGCUGGCCCAGAUCAGACAGCAGCAGUACAAGUUCCUGCCCAGCGAGCUGAGGGAGGACCACAGCUGAUUGGCUGCCCAGGGCCCCGCCCACAGCCUGUUGGAUGGAACCCGUCGGGAGCACAGAGUACCGCUGGCCAGCGCCAAGUCGGUCUCCACUCCCAAAUAAUUAUAAUUAAGGAAUAUAUAGGACUUGAAACAGGCCUGUUUGAAAAGGUGUAAAAGUGCCUGUGCUCUAUAUUAUGUAUGUGUGUGUGCGUGUGUGUGUGUGUGUGUGUGUGUGUACCCGUGACUGAAUGGGAGUUGGCUUUCAAACAAAACAACAAAAAAAAAUCCUGGUUGUUUGUGUACUUACUAUAAGAAAAGUUAAGACGAUGUAUCUAAAAAAAAAAUAUCGUACUCUUACCACUCGCCGCUUGUUCCUGAGCGGAGAGUCUAAAGCAAUCCUGGACCUCGCUGGGGGAUGCUGGGGGAACUGGACCGGGGAGGAGAGGGGGCUGCUCUGCGUCUCCACACGGGACGGUGAUACGGGGGCCGUGGGUUCAGCCCCGCCCUCCACAGGCAGCCAUCUCCACGGCCCAUCCCACGGCGGGACCCCAUCGCCUCGUGUUACCAUCCGCUCGCAGCGACCAGCGACGGUCCUCCUAUAUACAUAUCAUUUCAGCUACCGACCAAUAGAGUAGCAGGACAGGAAUGGCACUUGUACUUUACUAACACGAAGAUGAACUCGGGUCUCCGCGCUCUUAAUGUGAAGGAGGAGUUGAUGAGAAUGGUUCUGAACGCUUCCGCUCAACUCGCUGGCGGUGUGGCUCUGGUCCGACGUGGUGGACAACAAAAAAAUACAUGAACAGCGGGAUGGUCAUCUCUAGGGUCGCUGUUUGUCGAGCGAGACUCAACUCUCAAUAAUAAUAAUGAUAUAUUUUUUAUUUCUCACAUCUGUCUGAAGAAAAUGCUGGUGCUUAAAAAGUGAACAGGUCACACUAUGUUGCUUUCGAUAACAAAAAAAAGAAAAAGUGUUUGUCAUGCUGCUUAUGAACUUGAACCCCACCCCCCACUGCCCCCGGCCCUCUGCCCCCCCACCCCCCCCCCCCGGCCCCUUGGCCGUCGGCCCCUCAUGCGUGUUCGAGAGAAUCUGUUUACAUACCGCACCGUGUUUGUCCUAGCUUGUCCUAAUGUUUUACUUCCAGCCCUGUCAACAGGAGCCAGGUAUGAUUUGAGGCACUAAAUACCCUCCACACAUUCCCUCCCUGGCUCUGUCCUGGUUCAGACGCUCGCCCGCGUCCAGACCGUCUACAGCAAUACCGAACCCGCCGAAGGGCCCCCCUGAAUAGCGAUCGCGCUGUGUCCUUUUAGACGAGGGCAGCAGCGCACGGAGACGGCCACCAUGACACUUAUGCACUGAGGAAGGCGUCUGAUAGGCUGCUGGGAGCGUCCUUGCAGGCCGCGUCCCCCACACACGAGGAGGAGGGGCCCUGGGCCGACUGUGUUUCUGUGUUCUAUAUCCUAAGUAUAAUCUAUUCUGUAUCUCUCUCUGUCCUCGUCUGCUCCACAUUUUGUACUAGUGCCUUACAUGAGUCUGCAGCAUGGGGCAUGCGGUGGGAUAGGGGGGUGGUCUUCUACCCCCGGAUCAGAACCAUCAACGCCAAUGUAUCCCCCCUCACCCAAGUCGGGCUCUGAUGUUACCAUCCCCUAUAGUCUUCUAAACAUCCGAUUUGAAUGCCUUGCCCGAUGGUCUGAUGAGGCCGCCGUCUCCACGGUGGCCGUGGUGAGGGGCAGCCUGGACGCUGGGGUUUGAACUAACAUGACUAACACUACAUUGCAUUCCGUCAGCAUGAGGCUACGACUUAUAUCAACACAUUGUUCUGCCUUGGAGGUGGCUAGGAAGCCUGGUCCCUCAUCCAAGGGCAGAGCCGAAUCAACUUUUUUGUUUUCGUCCUUAAAACCACUAUAAAGUUUGUAUUGAUAUAAAUGUAUGAAUUAUCACAAAAUAUAUUGUCUAAACUAUUUGUCCAAAUAUUAACUGGAAUAGCAAAAGUUAGUAGUACUCUUCUGAAUAGGUGUUGUGCUUUCUUCAAUAUUAGUUAUAUUAUUUCAUGAAAUAUGUUUAUUUAUCUGGUCCCAAAGGUAUUUUUUGUAUUCACCAAAAAUUAAAAAAGUGUAAAACAAUCACGUCACCGUUUGUUAGUUUUUUCGUUUUUUUUGUUGUAUUUACCUUGAUUUCACAAUGUCAUCUUUUGAAAAUAAAUACACAGACAUUCGA